ACUGCGCGACACCACGCGACGCGACACUUUUGCCUAGUUGGUCAACUUUGCCGCGCAGCGUCGCGUCGCGUAGCUCCGCUGCAGCGUAGUGCGGUAUGCUCCAUAAGAAUCCAUGCAAAGAAUAAUUUUCCGCGCUGUGUAGUGUCGUGUCGCGUCGCCUAGUGCGGUCGUACCUUAAAUUGGGUGGAUAUUUCGAAAUGGCGGGAGAUGACGAAAUAAAAUUCUGUGCGGAAUUAUAAAAUUUUGUUGUGUCAUUACCAUAAUAAACAUGAGUAAAUUAAAGAGAAUAACUUCGCCAAUGAAAGAGCAAAAUGAUACAAAAAAAGGCAAAACGUAGUAAUAGUGAAUGUAAAAUAUUUGAUGAAGAUUUGAACACCAGUUUUGAUAAGCUCUUUGAUGCUGAUGAUGAUUUUGAAUCAAUAAUAAAUGGUAGACACAUAUCCGUCGAUGAGGAUAAUAAGUUCGACCUUAGCAAAUGGCAACGUUGCACUGUGGUGGAAGCGGAACGUAAACGUCCCUCUUUCGAUUUGGUGCUACAAGUAUGCAAAGCGUCGAAUGAUCAGAUCGGGCAACAUGGUAAAGAAAACAAUACAGUAUUGACAAGGUGUCAUCUACAACAGCAGUGGAGUCAAACCGAGGUGAAGGCUGGCGAUAUUGUGUUCUUACAGGCGUUUUGGGAUGAUGAACUGCGAUGCUACAAAGUAAAUAAUGAGCUUGGAUUCUGUGUCACUAACCCAGAUACUCUAAUAUCUAGCACAAGUGUGGUUGGCUCACUUUUCUGUCGAAGAAAGGUGGUACUGCAAGAUCGGUUCAAGGGGAUCGAUGCCAAUAGUAAAGUGAUGAUUGUGGGCUCGAUGGCGCAUGAAAUGUUGCAGAUAGUACUUAAAAAAAGGUUGACAACUUCCCAAGAAAUUAAAAACGCGGCGCAGGAGCUCUUGGAAUGCAACGAAACAGCCUAUGAACUUUAUGCGAACUUAAUGACACGCGAUGAAUUAGCCUUGGAAUUAAGAAAAUUUAUACCUAACAUGAUAACUUUCGUAGAUCAGUAUAUUAAAGGAAAUACGCCGUUAGUGCAACAUAAAGACAAUUUUCAAGGCACUAUUGAACAAAUUCAAGAUAUCGAAGAGAAUCUUUGGGUACCACAACUUGGCUUAAAAGGCAAAAUAGAUGUAUCGGUGCGCAUUAAACAUCCAAGAUAUGAAAAAGUUUCAAAUACCAUACCGUUGGAAUUAAAAACUGGCCGCGCCACGUUUUCCAUGGAACACAAAGGCCAGGUUAUGUUGUACCAAAUGAUGCUCUCGGCUAUAGGCCGUGAGACAAACUCCAGCUUGCUGCUAUAUCUACGUGAAUGCAUAAUGCGUGAAUUGCGUGGAACGCGGAAUGAACAGAGAGACCUUAUUAUGCUGCGUAAUGAAUUAGCACAUUUUAUUUCUUACCAAAAUUCCAUUGCUGCUGCUGAUAAGACUUUUUUGAUGUCCAAGGAAGGAAAAUUCGUUCAGCCUAUAAAAUUGCCUGAUCCAAUUUCACAUCAUAGUGCAUGCGGAAAUUGUGAGUACGCAACGAUCUGCUGCACAUUCGCAAGAACUGAUCCCGAACUGCUAUUAAGAAAUGGGCAUCCAUUGAAAAAUGUCAUGCAAACUGUAACUGAACAUUUAAGAGAGGAGGAUUAUAAGUAUUUUAUGCACUGGUGCACUCUGCUUGUGUUGGAGGAACAAGAAAUCAGAAAAUCACACAAUUUGAGAACAUUAUGGACAAAUACGCCCGAGCAGCGUCAAAAAAAAGGUCUCGCGAUCACAGAUGUACAGCUGCAUGAGGUGUCUUGUGAGGGAUCACAUUAUCUACACAACUUCGAUAUUGAAACGACUAAUAAACAUGCAAAUGUGGAUCUCCUACUUAGCGGCUUUUCUAUUGGCGAGUAUGUGAUCGUCAGCACUUGCAAACGGUUAGCAGUCGCAGCCGGCUGUAUUGCCAACAUAUCAAAUACUAACAUCACCAUAAGUCUCGAACGUGAUUUACGCCAAAAUUACAAACAGGAGACAUUUAUAAUCGACAAGCAUGAAUCCCAAUCAGGCAACUCAUUCAAUUUUACGAAUGUGAGCUUGCUUUUGGAUAAUACAGAUCGGGCGAACAUGUUGCGCGAAAUUGUGGUACAUCGCAUGCAACCUAUUUAUCACAAAGUGUUGCCACAGAUCGUUGCGUCUGUGGGUGCACCUAUACUCAAACAACUGAAUUCAGUGCAGCGGUCUGCGGUUCUUAAAGCGUUAACAACAGAAAGUUAUAUGCUCAUCAAAGGUCUGCCAGGAACUGGCAAAACCCAAACGUUGGUGGCUAUUGUGCGUUUAUUGCAUUUGAUGGGUAAAUCCGUUCUCGUCACCAGUCACACCCAUUCAGCAGUAGACAAUUUGUUAGUGCGAUUAAAGCCAUACAAGCUGCCAAUGCUGCGUUUAGGUUCUGGAGCACGAAUUAACGUGGAAUUGCAGGAGUUCGGGGAGAGAGUUCUCCUUAAAGAGUGUCAUUCUGUGGAAUCAAUAACACAAAAGUAUAACUCGUAUAACAUUGUUGGCGUCACUUGCCUCGGUUCAUCACAUCCACUGUUUCUUCAUAGAAAAUACGAUUUCUGUAUAGUUGAUGAAGCAACGCAAGUAAUGCAAUCAACAAACUUGCGACCAUUAUUUUUUUGCGAUAAAUUUAUAUUGGUCGGAGAUCCCGACCAACUGCCACCCUUGAUACGAUCGAAGAAAGCGCGUCAACUGGGUGCCGAUGAAUCACUUUUCGAGCGGCUUGACACAGAAACGGCAACAUCGGUGUUGACGCUACAAUAUCGUAUGAAUAAAACUAUAACUCGACUGGCCAAUGAACUCACCUAUAACGGUACAUUACAAUGUGCCUCCAAGCAGGUAGAGCUUGAUGCAUUUCAAUUAAAUAUGUCAAAUGCAACUAAAACUGAAAAGUGGCUCCAGCGGGUCCUGCAGACCCACAUCGAUCAGGCUGUGUUUUUGUUAGAUACAAUAGACUGCACCGAACGACUGAAUGAAUUCGCUAAUGAAAGGCAUAAUAACACGCUGCUUACAGUUGCUGAUAGUUUGGGAGUUGGUGAUGUGGAGAAAGUAUGCACAGAGUCACCUGUCUCUAACGCACAAAAAACUGGAAGCAACAUGCACCUAUCCAAGUACAAUAAUUUCUGCGAAGCUGCCGUUAUUAUGCACAUUGUGGAACAGUUACUUAAGGCCGGCUAUGCGGCGGAACGAAUUGGUAUUAUUGCCCCAUACCGCGCCCAAGUGGAGUUGCUACGUAAACUGACCUUACAAUACGAUGUACACUACAGGGAUGAGUUUCCAAAUAUAAAUUUUGGUGCUGUGGAGGUCAACACAGUUGAUCAGUAUCAAGGCCGCGACAAAGAUGUUAUUCUGUUUUCUGGUACAAAAACUGGAGCUGUAGAAGAAAAUGAACGCGCUAGUAAUGCAGAAAUAUUAGAGGACAAGCGACGCCUUACUGUUGCCAUAACUCGUGCAAAACGCAAACUGCUGCUGGUGGGUGAUGCUGCUUGCUUGAAUAAAUAUACUCCUUUCCAUCUGCUACUCGGACUCAUACCAAGCUACUGUAAACUAAGGUUGGAAGACGGCAAAUUAGGUUUCGAUUGGAAAGCACUGUUAAACCAUCUAGCAAAUAUUAUUAAGACUUAGCAUUUUCACUUUAUUCUUCUUCGUAACUUAAUUGUGGCUUUGGUUUAUUUCCAUUCUUAUUUUCAUUAAAUUAUUUCAAAUAUAUUUAUGUAUAAACUUAUUUUAAA